UGCCUAGGAUAAUGUCACCGGAGCGCUCUGCAGCCCGCGUAUCCGUAUCAUGAUAACCGCUGCCGGGGCCGCGGCGGCCCGCGGGAUGCCGUCGGCGGCGAGGCGGAGCGGCUGCUGGGUGGCGUGGUGCCAGGCGGUCCUGUUCGGCGCCUCGGCGCUGGUUAUCGCGGCCGAGAGGAGCGCACUGAUCUAUUGUAUAGGUUUCUACCUCUGGAACGAGGAGACGCAAUGGGCAGGCCUAACGCUGGGCCUCUUCCUGCCGGGGACAGCGGUUCAGGUGCUGAGUGUGAAGUGGUACUACGAUGAUGGCCACGAUCGACGAUACUACCUCUCUGUCAUACACUUUUUACACUUGGGCAUCUUCAAAAGAUUAUGGGAUUGCAUGCGCUCAGUAUUGCACAUGCAGGGCUCAGUGGGUGAGUUUGGCGCUGCAGUCAUGCAACAGGCAGAUGUUGCGGCCCUUUGGCUGCUGGAGGCCCUAGUCCUCACCCUCCCCCAGAGCCUGCUGCAGGCAUACGUGGUGGUGUCCACUGAUGUGGGCAUCUUGUCCCCAGUGGCUUAUUGCUGUGGCUUUUGCCUGCUGUCCAUCUCCUGGGCCCUGGUGCUGUACAGUCGAGCGUGCUGUCUGAUCCGACCGGGCCACCUGCCCAUGCCCCCAGCCGCUUUGCUGUGCCAGCUGGUGUGGAGGGCGGGCAUGCUGGGUGCCAGGGUGACCAGCCUCAUGUUCUUUGCCAGAGUUUUCAACUGGUGGGUCUGUGGAGUAGCAGGUUUCCACUGGCUCACAGCCUCCUUCUGGCUCAUAUCCCAGCAACCAGACAUCUGCAAUGGCCCCUGGUGCUGGCGUGCCUUCAACGGCAUCAUGGGGUUCAUCCACAUCUUCCUCUUCCUCAAUGUCAAAGACGGGCCCUCGCGCUUCCGCAUGGCAAGCUUCUACGCGUUUAUGCUAGUGGAGAAUGCCACUCUGCUACUGGCCGCCUCUGACUUCCUCAGCGAGGCAUCAUGGGACAGCAUGACCCUCCCCACCGCCGUACUGUGCAGCUUUCUCCUCAGCACUACCUCUCUGGUCCUUUAUUACCGAUUCCUCCACCCCAAGUCGACAGAGAUCUCCCAGGGCUUGAAUCACAACCACAUGGGCAGCACCUGUCUGGAGCGAGGGGAGUCCUCCUUCUCCCUUGGCAACAAGAGUCUUCCAGCCGCCUCCAUUCACAACCACGGCAGCUUCUCCCUCUCAGGCGUGGCGGGUUCUUUGGUGGAGCACCCUGGCUCCUGCGGCGCCAGGCCCAACAGCUCAUGCCCUUGCUACCACCACCACUGGCUGCUGAUCCGGUUGGCCCUGAAGACAGGAGACCUGGGGAAAAUCAACCGAGCAUAUGGGGCUGGCGGGGCUGCAGCCAUACUGGACAUGGAAGAGUACAACCCAGAAUUUAAGAGCAAUGAUGGAUUCACUACCACUGCAGGAGGCAGCUGUGACGAGAUCUCCACCUCAGACUCGCAGGGGAAGGGUUUGGCGCCCAUCUCGGACUGCAAGGAGGAAUUCCAGAGUGUGAGUGAGCCCACGUCGACGGAGCAACGCGAAGAAGAGGAUGACAGUCUGGAGAUGGAGAGCCCACUGGAAUCACCCACCUCGGACUUCAAACGCAGCUCACCAGAGGGCAAGUCUGUAUUCGGAGACAGCCCAGAGCGCUACUUCUGCCCCACAGAGUCAAGCUCCACUCUCUAUUUCAGCGCUGACCCACAAUCUCCCAGCAGCACCAGUAACCCGCGUUUGGAACGGGACACCGGGGCCUUGGAGCAGGGCUCGCGCCUCAGCUCCAUCCCUAGCGAUCCAGCCCUUCACAGGGAUGUCCGAGGGCUAGUGGGCCGGGUGGGGCCACGCUACACAUCCACUCCAAAGUUAGACUCUGGGGUGCUGGACUCCCCACCCACUGUCGCCCACCUCACAGGCCCCAGGAGACAGCUCAUAAUGUCGCGUGGAGAAGAAGAUGAAAACUUCUAGCUUUCUUAUUGAAAGAAUCAGAGAGAGAGAGAGAGAGAGAGAGAGAGUGACAUUAACCUAGCCAGCGUCCGUAUAAUAAACCAAAAUUUUGGCAAAUAGGCUUUGUGAUCCACUUGCCGUUGCAGGCUGAGAUGAUUGGCAACACUCUAUAUGAUCACUAUUAAGUGUGCUACGGUGUAUAUACUGACACAUUUAAAAAUAAUGCAACGCCAGCUUGUAGUGUCUUCUAAACAUACACACGUCUCAGAUUAUCAACAGCUGGGAAACACAGAGGUGAAACAUCUACCAGUCUUCCUUGUCAGGCAGCGGUCAGACGAUCGCACAUCUUUAUAGUUGGUGUGUAGAACUCAGGUGUGCACACCCCCUAACCUUUUACAAGAUCUUUUAGGAUUCUCGUAGUUUCUGACAAAUGCAUUGCAACAAAUGUUUGACCAGUUCAACUAUUCAGCAAAGAGACUGCGUGUUCUCCGAAAUUGUAACGAGUCUGGGUAUAUUAACAAAGUCACUCUUGGUUAUUUACAGCUGAAAUCCAUCCAUUCAUCCAUUAUCCAAACCGCUUACCCUGCUCUCAGGGUCGCGGGGAUGCAGGCGCCUGUCCCAGCAGUCACCGGGCGGCAGGCGGGGAGACACCCUGGACAGGCCGCCAGGUCAUCACAGGGCCAGCUGAAAUCCGUGAUUUCCCAAACUACAAACAAGGUGUAGCACCCAUUGUCACAUGUACGCAGUCAGUUCGGCAGUAAACAGUUCCCACCCUUGUAAAAAUGGCAUCCGCGGAUCAAAGCGAAUACAGGCAAUCUAAUAUACAGCCAACUACAUCAAAUUAUAGGGGAACACUGUUGUAUUAUAAUGUGGACUGUAAAGUUGGUAGAAUAGCUAUCCAACAGAAGCAUCGCCACAUCGUCAUCACGUUGAGAUAUUUUCAUGUUUGUGUAAGAACAUGUUUCUCGCUGCACCAGUGUUCAGGGUCAGUGAUGUCAACGGAUGAUGCAUAUGGAGAGAAUCUCCAUCCUGGGUAAAGACACCAGUUGGUGUUAUGUAUGUAACCUGACUCCAUGGUCCAGGUGUAUGAAAUAACUAUUUAUCAAUGGAGCAAAACCCCAGAUUUCAGCUUUAAAAUAAUAAUUUAAUUCAUAUGGGUGACUUGAUUAGUCACAAAGUUGACUUCUGAUUUUAGCAGAUACAGAUGAGUGGUUGUGUGGCGGCGUUAUUGUGGGGAGUGCUCAUGAGCAGUGGGGUGAGGAGCACGGCGGGUGGGGGGGGGUGCACAUCUGAACAACAUUCCUUUAAAAUCUCAGCGCAGGCCGGAGCUUUGCUGGCUACAUAAAAGCACAAGUCUUUUUCUGUAUAAUACAUCUCCUGCUGUGAUUUUUGUUAUUCCCUUUGAAAGACAAAUCCCCUGCUUCCUCUUCAAAGACCACACUAUAUUAAUAGUCUGCCUCUUGUUGACCGACGUUGUGUAGCAGAGGGCUAUGUCAACUUGGCAAAACCGUGUUUAAUGUUUUAACUUUUCUUCUUUUUUCUUUUUUUUAAACUUUGUACCAAAAACAUGUUGAACAUGUAAUUCACUGAAUUGUGUUUUGAACUGGCGUCUUGAAGGGAGAAAGUAUGUCUCAAUGUCUCAGGCACCUAUUUAACUUAGAGAAGAAUCUUCAAAAGGUUAAAUUUUAAAAAAAGAAAGAAAAUAUACUGUCUACGCAACUCUUGUGAUCUUUUUUAAUGUGAUUUUGAUUGCUAUAUCAGAGAGCAAUUGUUUUAUUUAUUUAUUUAUUUUGCUGAACAUUGUUCUUUAAAGAGGAUCAAAUUCAACACUGAAAUUAUGCUGUUUCAUAUUUUUCUCCUUCUCAGGUUAUUUCCCAUUCGAAAUUAUGAUCUGCCACUGGUGGCUUUCAGAAGCAAUAAAUAUCAUAUUGGGGUGACUUGAGGUGAAACGGUUGUGGUCACUUUUGACUCUAAUUGGAUGUGAGUAUUUGUCCCUGUAGCACGCUGCAUCAUGGGUACAGUCAGGCAUGAAGGCCCUGAAUCUCAAAACAGAACAUGA